UGAGCAUAUCUCUUUCUCUUUCACGUUGUUUGGCUGCUUCCAUCGCCAUUAUCGUCUUCCAAACAAUCGUUCCAGAGAUCAACAGCUGCUCCCCUCCAUCAUCCAAACCAGAAGCUACUAAAAUCGCAUCAUCACGCUUCGUCAAGGUAUGGGCACAAUACUAGUUUCUCUAAUUUCCUCUUCAUAUAUUUCUCAUAUAUUUAGAUCUGAAACUACUUCUGAUUUGUCCCGAUUUUGGUUGUUCGUAGUGAUUUAUUCAAUUUCGAGAUAUGCAGUUAUGAGAUUGAUGAUGAACUGUAUUUUAAGUCCAUAAUAGAGUUUCAAUCUGUAUGUGCUUUAGCACGAUUGGUUUGCUUUAUGUAAGGGUUUUUUCUUCUCUUGAAAAUCACAUGGUUCAUUUAGGGUUUAGCCAUGUGUAGUUUCUAUUUUGUCAAUUACAGAACGAGAAGGUUAAAGGUUAUUUAGGGUGAACUUGUAUUCUUCAAAUAUUAUACAGUGGGAUUGAUUUCAUAUUAUCAUUAUGGGCAAGCGUUAAUUUUGGAUCUUUUAAAGUGUUUAUUUUGCAAAAAAAAUUUACGUAUGCUUUGUGUUGUUUAGAUGGUAGAAUGCUUCAAUUUAUGUUUAUAUAUUUGUCGAUAUUGACCCAUUGUUGACUUUCAUUUAUUUCUUAAAUCUGCAACCAUUAUCAAUUUAUCGUUGUCCUGAAUCCAAACAGCUCCAAUGGACCCUCCCCCUCCUGUCAAUGAACAGCCUCCCACCCCAUACUUUUUCCAAUGGCCAGCCGAUAUGCAAUUUCCCCCAUCUUCAAUGCAAGUUGCACAAGCAACAGCUUUUGCAACAUAUUUUCAACAACAUUUAUAACCCCUGCAUACUCCCAACCAUAUUCCUCCUAAUGCAUGUGUAUCCAAUCUCACUUCUAUAAUUGGGGGAUUAAUUAACCCUCAAUCACAUUCAUCCCAAAUGCCCCCAAGUUAUGAGUAUCAAGCCCCUUCGACUCAGAAUUCAACGCAGUCAACACAAGGGAACAAUAGAAAAUCACCUAAUUGGAAGAUAAACGAGGACGUUGCACUAUGCGAAUCCUGGAUAAGAGUUUCAGAGGAUCCAAUCGUGGGUAAUGGACAGGCUCAUGAUGCAUUCUGGUUGAGUAUCUGGAAUGAAUUUAAAGAGCGAGUUCUAGGGACAGAGCGUACACAGCGUGCAUGUGAAAAUAGAUGGGCUUUGAUACAAGCAGAUGUGUCGAAGUGGAGGGCUAUUGUGCGGAGGGUUCAAAGAAAGAGGUUCAGCACAACUAACCCAAAUGACGAGUGGGGGGCAUGCUUUAUAGUCUUCAAGAAAGACCAUGGGAAGGAGUUCAAAUUCAUGCAUUGUUGGGAGGUACUUCGAUUUUGCACAAAAUGGCAACUUUCCACAGAUGAAAAAGAUGCUAGGGAUGCAAGUAAAGUAGGCAAAUCUGGAGGAGUUGGUACCAGCCAAUCAAAGAACACAAUUCCACCAUGGCAUGUACCAUCAUUCACAAAUUUUGAAUCAUCUAGUCCAGGACUUCAUAGCUUCGACGACUCUUGUAACGAUCAUGAGAUUGACAUACCUUUAAUAGGAACUCCAACCUCUGGACUCAACGACAAUGUAGCACAAAACAAUCCUCCACCUACUAUACUUCCCAACCCACCUGUACAACGACCUUUAGGCAGGAAAUCAGCCAAGGAAAAACGUCGACAAACAAUUACAGGUAAUUCCCAAACUUCUUCAGCGGCAAGUGAGCAAUUGCAUGCUACUGUUUCGGCAUGGAGACAAAGCUCGGAGACGCGUUUUGAGUCCUUAAAGCAAACAGUUGAAGAAUAGGCAUUUCAUGCCAUUAAAAUUGCAAGGCUUGAUGUUAUCCAAAGGAGCAUCAAGAUAACGAAAGGUCUUGCAGAUGCUGAAAGAGAGUUGUCCCAGCUGGAUCCUAAUCUGAGUUAGGAAGAGCUCGUCGCUAUGCGUCUUGAGAGAAUGAGGGAAUUGAAGGCGCUUGAUAAGGAGCAUAAGGAAAUUCGAGCACUCGAAUUUUCACCUGGUGGAAGUGUAGCUAGGCGCCUGAACAAGGAUGGGUACAAUAUGAUCCCAUGCAAUCUUGAAAACAGGUUCAAUAUUGAGGGAGAUAGGGAAGAAGGAAUGUAGGCAUGAGGACCAUCAGCACAUCCAAGUUGAACGAGUUACUGCAUCUGUUUCAUUGUGUAACUUAAUGACUUUAGUAUUGCUUAAUGCCUUUGGUACUGCAUCUGUCUCAUUGUGUGAGUUAAUGACUUUGGUAUUGCUUAAUUUCAUUAUGGAUAAUAACUAUGAAUUGUCAAACAUCGUAUUAGGUAUUGACUUAUUAUUAUAUGUAUUGAGAAAUGGAUGUUAUCACUUUAGACUUAUUUUAGUACUGGAUGAAAUGUGUUGC